AUGCCAAAUAAAGAUUUUUCGCUCAGUCAUAUUGCAAAUAUGGACGAAACCCCAGUAUGGUUUGAUAUGGCGGAUGAUCUUACUGUUGAGAAAGUUGUUCAUGUUCGCACUAUGGAUAAUGACAAAAAUCAUUUUACAGUUGCUCUUACCUGUUUUACUAAUGAUCAGAAACUUCAGCCAACUAUUAUCUUUAAAGGAAAGCAAUGGCCUAAAACUAAAAAUACACCACCACCACCUCCUAAUGUCAAUAUUUCCUUUCAUGAAAAAAAUUGGAUAGAUGAAGAAGGAAUGAUAGCUUGGAUUCAGAAUUUUGCAAAAAAAAAAUCAGGUGGCCAUGAUAAAGAGCCCGCUUUACUUGUUUAUGAUUCUUUCAAAGCGCACCUUACAGACAAUAUUAAGAAUAAAAUGAAAAAAAUAAUAUUGACCUUGUCAGUGGUCUUACAUCCAUAUGUCAACCACUGGAUAUUUCGAUUAAUCAUCCUUUCAAACACGCAAGUGCUUACGGCCUGGAAGGAAAUUACCCCAGAGAUCAUUCAGCGUGCAUUUCGAAAGUGUUGCAUUUCUAAUGCUUUGGAUGGAUCGGAGGAUGAGGAGAUUUUUGAUGAGUUCGUAGAUAUUGAAAGUGAUGCUUGUGGUGAUGAGAAUGACACAGAUAUGAUAGAUGAAGAGAUAGAAAAUAAUCAAAAGAAUACAAAAUACAACACAAUGAAUCAAGAAGCAAACACGCUUGAUAAUACUUCAUUUGGUAGUAACUCAACUUGUCAUUGCUCUUUCAAUUCACAAGCAAACAAUAACACAAUGAGUCAAGAAGCAAAUACUCUUGAUAAUACCUUACUUGAUAAUAACUUAACUUGUCUUUGCUCUUUCAAUUCACAAGCAAAUAAUAUCACAAUUAAUCAAGAAGCAAAUCUGCUUGAUAGUAUCUUACUUGAUAGUAACUCACUAGGUUAUGAGCAUCUAAGACCCACCUAUCCCCUUAAUAUCACAGUAGAUGAUUUAUUUAAAAAUACUAGAAAUAUUUAUAAAAAUCGUCAAGCAUUCAAACGUAUAAAUUCAUUUUUCAUUUAUCGGAUGGUUAUGGUGAAGCAGAAUAAAAUGGGAACAAAGAAAUAUAGAAUGCCAGAAUUAUCUAAGAUUGCUUCUGAGUUUUGGAAACAAGAGCCACAGCAAGUUAAAGAUGCUUACAAACGACUAGCCAAAGAAUAUAUUGAUAAAUGUAGAACUCGGAGCGUACAAGUGGAUAAUCAUUUUCAGGAUACUAAAGACGAAUUUUUUCAACCAACGAGCAGCGGCACACUUUUCGAUCAAAAUUCACAAAUGAUUCAAUAUUCGCCUAAUGUUGGACCUUCGUUUUCUCAUAAUUCCAAUCCAACUAAUGUAACUUCAAUAUCACCUAAUUUAACCUUGCUUAAUAACGUUAACAAUGACAUUAGCAAUUUUUCUACCUCACCAGAAACAUAUAUUCCAAAAGAUAGAAAUACCAACAAGGAUUGGAAACAUUGUGAUUGUGACUGUAGAAGUAUAAUACAAUAUUUAGAAAAUCGUGUUAGUGAACUGCAGAAAAAACUGAAACCUACUCCUGUUCGAUCAAUGUCUAUAUUACGUAACAAACGUUUUACCGCCAUAAAAAUGGAAUUAGAUAUCUGGCGCAACUCUGGCUAA